UUUCUUCAGUACAGUCAAAGUGUAACACGCGGCAAAGCACAGACUAUUCUGUAGCGUUAGCUUGUCCUUUGUUAGAUUUAGUGUCUUAGGUAAAUGAGUAUUUGCUGUAAACAAAAAAAAUGUCUUCAAUUCAGCCCCUUAUGAACGAGCAGGUAACUCCUGCGGAAGAAACAUUCACAGAGUUUAAAGUAAUUAAAGUCAAGAUCGAGGAAGAGAUGGAGGUUCAGACAGAAAUCAACGUUAAGUCCGAGGAAGAGAUGGAGGAUCAGACAGAAAUCAACGUAAAGAUGGAGGAAGAGAUGGAGGAUCAGACAGAAAUCAACGUAAAGAUGGAGGAAGAGAUGGAGGAUCAGCGCAGACUGCCGGAUUUUACUCGGAUACCGAAGAUCAUCUUACACCGGAUAGAUCUCCCACAAUGUUAUGUGUGCAAAGAGGAGGAGGUUCUCAAUGAAACAGAACCACAGAGGAACCAACUCAUCUCUCAUGGCUCUGCAGAAACUGAGAACCAGGAUCAGGAAGGAAUCAAUUCUGAAGACCCAGGAAAAGAGAGAAAGGAAGAACAGAAACAAAAGGAGAAAUAUGAGAAAACCAAAGAGCAGAAAGGCAGAACUGACAUUUCAAAACAAAAGACUGGUGUAAUUUAUCAUGUAAGAAGUUACUCAGAUGAGAAACCUUUUUCAUGUGAGAUGUGUGGAAAAAAUUUCACCCUAAAAGGAACUUUAAAUGAUCAUAUGAAAAUACACACAGGUGAGAAGCUUUUCUCUUGUGGUACCUGUGGAAAGAGUUUCCAAAAGAAAAUAAGAUUGCUUGACCACAUGAGGAUUCACACAGGUGAGAAGCUUUUUUCAUGUGGGACCUGUGGAAAGAGUUUCACCCUAAAAGGCAAUUUAAAUAUUCAUAUGAAAAUUCACACAGGUGAGAAGCCUUUCUCAUGUGGGAACUGUGGAAAGAGUUUCCGGAGGAAAAUGCAUUUACUUGGUCAUAUGAGAAUUCAUAUGGGUGAGAAGCCUUUCUCAUGUGGGACCUGUGGAAAAAGUUUCUUGAAGGAAAGGCAAUUACUUAAUCACAUGACUAUUCAUGCGGGUGAGAGGCCUUUUUCAUGUGGGACCUGUGGGAAAAGUUUCUCGAGGGAAAGGCAAUUACUUGAUCACAUGAUGACUCACACAGGUGAAAGGCCUUUUUCAUGUGGGACCUGUGGAAAGAGUUUCAUCCUAAAACAAACUUUGGAUCGUCAUAUGAAAAUUCACACAGGUGAGAGGCCUUUUUCAUGUGGGACCUGUGGGAAGAGUUUUGGGAGGAAAACAACUUUACUUAAUCACCUGAGGACCCAUACAGGUGAGAAGCCUUUCACAUGUGGGACCUGUGGAAAAAGUUACAAUCAUAGAAGUAGUUUAACUCAUCACAUGAAGACUCACUCAGACUAGAAGUCUUGAGCCCCAAACACCUCAGAUCCAUUUUGGCAUCAGAUCCAAUGAAAAAUCUGGUCGGAUGAUGUACACACCAAAUAGAUCAUGUUAAAGUCAACAGGGCUUUGCAGGCCUCUAGUGAUUCCCUGUAACUACGUCUUCAACUGUCUGGCCAAGAUAGACCUGAGGUCUAUUUUCAUCUAUAAGCUUUUUUGACUUAAACCAGUUUUUUGUUUUACUUCUGAACCACAUUGUAUUUAGCCUUGUCACGAUAAACAAUAAAUCAACUAAUUAUUCAAUAAAUGUAAAUGAGCUCGAUAAUAAAAUGAGGGAAAUAAAAUUGUUUGUUUGUUUUCAUUGUGUCUCUCUCUUCCUACCAAAGACCCUGGAUGACAAAGUUUGGGACAAUUAACCGGCCAGCAAAAUUUGUUACUGCAACAGGCCUAAUUGUACUGAAGAUCCCCAACAGUAUCCCAUUAAAUACUGGAGUUAAAGACGGGCUCACAUUCUGGCAGGAUUCAUUUCUGUGGGUUUCAGUUUUCUUGAUAUUCUGUGCAAUGUUGAAUAAAUGAGUUUAGCUUUUACAUUUUUGAAGAUUCCAUGUGUGACUUGAUGUAAAAUACUUCACAUAUUAAAGCAGUGAAAUGUUCUUUUUUUUAUGUAGCUAGAACUCUGUGAUGUUUGAAAAAUAAUCUAAAAAGAAAUAAAUGAGAUCUGGUCUGAUUUUGAUUUAGAACUAACCACAGAGAGCUUUUUAUUUUCUCAAAUUUUUGUUAUUCUUUGCUAUGAGAAUGUAGUUUAUUGAAAAGAUAUGUUAAAAUACAUAACAGUAUUUUGAGCACAAAUGAAUUGAGCUUUGAGAAUAAUGUUUUCAGAAUUUGAAUCUAAAUAAACACCAUUGUUGCAGACAAAGUAACAACCAUUAAUAAUGCAUCUCACACACAUUUCCGUGUUAAAUUGGGUUUUAUAAUAGUUUGAUGUUAUGUUGUAAUUUUAAAUGUCAUGUUUUCAUUUCCUAUAAAUUGAAAAUCAUCAUAUUU